AUGGCGGCUGGUAUCACAGUUCCCUACGACACCCUCGGGCUGCAAGCCGCGGAUUUAAUCAACAAUCAGUGGCCAGUCCGACCAGGAGAGCUUCGGCCCAAGGACUUCAACAAGACGUCCAAUGACUACGGGGUCCACGUGCCCUGCCACUCUGGCCAGAGCUUCCAGGCGCCUUGCGUUCCAGCCGGAACGUCCAAGCGGAUGGGUGCCUUCUACGAGAAGACCGGUGUCAUGCAACACCGCACAGAGCCGGGCUUUCGAGACAAGAAGGGCAUGUCCUCGCUCACCGAGCGUCCCAUGCCGGAGUACGGGACCUUGCGCAGGAGCACCCGCCUGCCAGGCACGGGGACUUUGCUCCUAGAGAACAACCCCAGCUUCAGCACCUACUCCCAGCCCCGCGAAGCUGAUGUGCUCAGCAUCCACAGCCGGCGUUCCAACGCCAGCGGCGCCAGCCACGGCAGCCGCGGCAGCCGCGGCAGCCGCGGCAGCCGGGCUGCGAGCGAGGCGAGCCGUGCAGGCAGUCAGCGCUCGCAUGCCAGCCGUGCCAGCUCCACCCCGAGCUGGGCGAGGAAGACAGCGCAACAGCAGCAGAGCCAAGGCUGGAACUUUGAGUCGCUGCCCUUCUACGAGCGGACCAACGCCAGCUACGGCCGCACCUGGCAGCAGGCAGAGUCCCACUUCGGGGUGAAGCCAGCAGGAAAAUCCGAGUCUGGCUACAUUGACCCGCAGGAGCUGAUUGCGACACUCACGCGGCCGGAGUACUGA